AACGCGGUGCUGUCAGGUUAGUCUAAUGAAUUUUUUCAUGGCGUGCCUUUGGCAGGGGGCAAUUGCUCACUGCCGAACAUUUAUGUUUCCAUUUCCAGCAUCUCAAACCCACCUCUAACUCUGGAAAUUCUGCGAAGAAUUUAAAAAGUGAUUGGAGGCAUUGUUUGUAAUGUUACCCGUGCCGAGCAUUUUGAACUAGAGGAAUUGUCAAACUCUUGCCAUGUCUCUACUUUGUGUAAGAGUAAAGAAAGCCAAACUCCAAGGAUCUCCAGGUAAGUUCAAUAGCUAUGUGACGCUGAAGGUGCAGAAUGUCAAGAGCACCUCCAUCACUGUGCGAGGGGACCAGCCAUGCUGGGAGCAGGACUUCAUGUUUGAGAUCAACUGUUUGGACCUGGGCCUCAUUGUGGAGGUGUGGAACAAAGGCCUUAUCUGGGACACCAUKCUGGGGACUGCCUGGAUCCCCCUCAAGAGCAUCCGCCAGUCAGAGGAGGAGGGCUCAGGGGACUGGACCUUCCUGGAUGCUGAGGUUUUGAUGAAGGCUGAUGAGAUCUACGGCACCAAGAACUCAACACACCACCAGGUUCUUCUGGACUCGCGCUUUGAGCUGCCCUUCGACAUCCCAGAUGACGAGGCGCAGUACUGGACCGGCAAGCUGGAUCGCAUCAACACUAUGAGGAUCUAUGAUGAGGAUGAGGUCCAGAGACGCCUCAUGCCUCCUGCUGCCUCCCAAUGCUCCCUAGAUGACCAUGACAGUGCAGUGGACGACCGGGACAGUGACUACCGCAGUGAGACCAGCAUCAGCUUGCCCCCGCGCUACCAUACUACGGCCCAGCCCAACUCCUCCAUGCACCAGUACCCCAUGGGCCCCCAGCUCCAGAACCACCUGGACUCUUGCACAGACUCCAUGCACAGCUUUGACAUGGACUACAGAGACCACCGCGGGAGCAGUCCGGUAGAAAGUAGUCGCUUUGGGUCCUCUGGGAACCUGAGCCAGACCAGCUCCCAGAUUAGUGAGACAGGCCAGGAGAGUGCUCCAGGCUCAGGGCUGGAAGAGUCCUUCCACUCCUAUCACAGUACCGGCUUCCACCCCUCCAUCAAUGUCCAGCAACCUACCAAUGGACACAUCCCCAGCAAUGGACACUCUGUUUUGGGGAAGAAGUUGGGCAGACCCUGCCUGGAUGUGGGGAAAAGCUUAAAUGGCUCCUUGAAGAAAUUAGACCACUCAGUAGAGAAAAGAUCCAACAAACAUUUGCAGAGAAUACACUGGUUGAAGGCCAUCAACAAAGUCAGGGAUCAGCGUCAGGAGGGACAAGAUGAUGAACCCAACUCCAGACAAGCUUGGAUCAAGCCAGGCGGUGGAAGUGGUUUGUUUGGGAUUGACAGCAUGCCAGACCUUCGUAAGAGGAAGCCUAUACCCCUGGUCAGCGACGUGGCUAUGUCACUGGUCCAGGCCAGGAAGGCUGGAAUCACCUCUUCCAUGGCCGCACGCUCCUCCGUCAAAGACGAGGAGCUGAAGAACCACGUUUAUAAGAAGACCUUACAGGCUCUGAUUUACCCCAUCUCCUGCACCACGCCCCAUAACUUUGAGGUGUGGACGGCCACGACGCCCACCUACUGCUAUGAGUGUGAGGGGCUGCUGUGGGGCAUCGCCCGCCAGGGCAUGAGGUGCUCCGAGUGCGGGGUCAAGUGUCACGAGAAGUGCCAGGAGCUGCUGAAUGCUGACUGCCUGCAGCGUGCUGCGGAGAAGAGUUCAAAGCAUGGGGCUGAGGAUCGUACCCAGAACAUCAUCAUGGCCAUGAAGGACCGCAUGAAGAUCAGGGAGAGGAACAAGCCGGAAAUCUUUGACGUGAUCCGGGAUGUGUUUGUCAUCGGCAAGGUGAUCCACGCUCAGCAGAUGAAGACCAUCAAACAGAGUGUACUGGACGGAACCUCCAAGUGGUCGGCCAAGAUCACCAUCACAGUGCUGUGUGCCCAGGGACUGCAGGCCAAAGAUAAGACGGGUUCCAGCGACCCCUAUGUCACGGUCCAGGUGGGCAAGACCAAGAAGAGGACCAAGACCAUCUAUGGUAACCUCAACCCUGUCUGGGAGGAGAACUUCCACUUCGAGUGUCAUAACUCGUCGGACCGUAUCAAGGUGCGUGUGUGGGACGAGGAUGAUGACAUCAAGUCCCGGGUGAAACAGCGUCUGAAGAGAGAGUCAGAUGACUUCCUGGGUCAGAGCAUCAUCGAGGUCCGCACGCUCAGCGGAGAGAUGGACGUCUGGUACAACCUGGAGAAGAGGACAGACAAGUCAGCCGUGUCUGGGGCCAUCCGUCUCCAGAUCAGCGUGGAGAUCAAGGGAGAGGAGAAAGUAGCUCCCUACCACGUCCAGUACACCUGUCUACACGAGAACCUGUUCCACCACUCAACAGACAUUCUGGGCCAGGGGGUAGUGAGGAUCCCCGACGCUAAAGGAGACGAUGCCUGGAAGGUGUACUUUGACGAGGUGUCCCAGGAGAUAGUGGAUGAGUUCGCCAUGCGCUACGGGAUCGAGUCCAUCUACCAGGCCAUGACAAACUUUGCCUGCCUCUCCUCUAAGUACAUGUGUCCUGGUGUUCCCGCUGUGAUGAGCACCCUGCUCGCCAACAUCAAUGCCUUCUACGCCCACACAACCGCUUCCACCAACGUCUCCGCCUCUGACCGCUUUUCCGCCUCCAACUUUGGAAAAGAGCGCUUUGUCAAGCUCUUGGAUCAACUCCACAACUCCUUACGCAUUGACCUCUCCACAUACAGGAACAACUUUCCUGCGAGCAGUAAGGACCGUCUCCAAGACCUCAAGUCCACUGUAGACCUCCUGACUAGCAUCACCUUCUUCAGGAUGAAGGUCCAGGAACUGCAGAGUCCCCCCAGAGCCAGUCAGGUGGUGAGGGACUGUGUCAAGGCCUGUCUCAACUCCACCUACGACUACAUCUUCAACAACUGCCAGGAGCUGUACAGCCGCCAGUACCAGCUGCUGGACACACACAAAGAGGAUCUUCCCCUGGAGGAGCAGGGCCCCAGCAUCAAGAACCUGGACUUCUGGCCCAAACUGAUCACCCUCAUCGUCUCCAUCGUAGAGGAGGACAGGAACUCCUACACACCCGUCCUCAGCCAGUUCCCUCAGGAGCUGAAUGUGGGGAAGGUGUGUGCUGAGGUCAUGUGGAUGCUGUUCUCCCAGGACAUGAAGUAUGCCAUGGAGGAGCAUGAGAAACACCGGCUGUGUAAGAGUGCUGACUACAUGAACCUGCACUUCAAGGUCAAGUGGCUGUACAACGAGUAUGUGAAGGACCUGCCAAACUUCAAUAGGGUUGUCCCCGACUAUCCAUCGUGGUUCUUACAGUUUGUGCUGCAGUGGCUGGAUGAGAAUGAGUACGUUUCCAUGGAGUUCAUGCAUGGAGCUUUGGAGAGAGACAAGAAAGAUGGCUUCCAGCAGACAUCUGAGCAUGCUCUUUUCUCCUGCUCGGUGGUGGACGUCUUCACCCAGCUCAACCAGAGCUUUGAGAUCAUCAAGAAACUGGACUGUCCUGACCCCAAGGUCAUGGCUCACUACAGCCGACGAUUCGCCAAGACUAUUGCCAAAGUUCUUCUGCAGUAUAGUGCCAUUCUGACCAAGAGCUUCCCCUCCUACUCUGACAAAGAGAAGAUUACGUGUGUACUGAUGAAUAAUGUGCAGCAGUUGCGUAUCCAGCUGGAGAAGAUGUUUGAGUCCAUGGGUGCCAAACAGCUGGACACAGACGCUAGUGACCUCCUGAACGAGCUUCAGGUCAAGCUGAACAAUGUGCUGGAUGAGCUGAGUACCACAUUUGGAAACAGUUUCCAGGUCCAUAUUGAUGGCUGUAUGAGACAGAUGGCCUCUCUGUUGUAUCAGAUCAAGGGCCCAGUCAACGCCAACAGCCGCAACAUGGUGGAGGCCGACUCCGACAACAUGCUGCGGCCACUCAUGGACUUCCUGGAUUCAAAGUUGACACUGUUUGCCUCGGCGUGUGAGAAGACGGUUCUGAAGCGGGUUCUGAAGGAGCUGUGGAGGAUUGUGAUGAGCAGCCUGGAGAAGACCAUUGUCCUUCCGCAAGGAAAUGGCACCUUUGGUGCUCAGAUCCUGUCUGCAGCCAAGGAACUGGGGCAGCUCUCCAAGCUCAAGGAUCACAUGGCAGGAGAGGCCAAAAGCCUGACACCUAAACAGUGUGCUGUCAUCGAUAUAGCACUGGACACAAUCAAGCAAUACUUCCAUGCUGGAGGAAACGGUCUGAAGAAGGCAUUCCUGGAGAAGAGUUCUGAGUUGACCUCACUACGCCACGCUCUGUCCCUCUACACACAGACCACAGACACACUCAUCAAGACCUUCGUCACAACACAACACGCACAAGGCUCAGGAGUGGACAAGCCAGUUGGAGAGAUAUCCAUACAGAUUGACCUAUUCACCCAUCCUGGGACUGGGGAGCACAAAGUCACUGUCAAAGUGGUGGGAGCCAAUGAUCUGAAGUGGCAGACGUCUGGGAUGUUCCGGCCCUUCGUGGAGAUCACCAUGAUCGGACCCCACCUCAGUGACAAGAAGCGCAAGUUCCAAACCAAGUCCAAGAACAACAGCUGGGCGCCCAAGUUCAACGAGACCUUCCACUUUGUCUUGGGCAACGAGGAUGGCUUUGAGUGCUACGAGCUUCAGAUGUGUGUGAAGGACUACUGCUUUGGUCGUGCUGACCGGGUGGUGGGCAUGGCUGUGAUGCAGCUGAGGGACGUGGCAGAGAAAGGCAGCGUGGCGUGCUGGUGUCCUCUGGGCCAGAUUGUCACCAUGGAUGAGACAGGCCUCACCGCCAUGCGCAUCCUCUCCCAGCGUUCAAACGACGAGGUGGCCAAGGAGUUCGUCAAGCUCAAGUCUGAGAUACGUUCUGCAGAGGAGGGCAGCUGAGGUUUCCCUAAAGGAGGGGAGGAGUGUGAAGGGCCUCUAGUAAAGACAAGUGGAGAGGGAUGGGAGAACCUUCAUUACACAGAAGGAAAGCCGCUCGACUACUACUUUGGACUAAUAAUGUUUCCUGGCUGCUACUGGCUGUUUGAUGGACACUGGUUCACUAACAUAGGGUCACUAUUUAUCACACUCACCUUMUGAAUCUCUCACUCACUAUAUCAUUCACACACAUAGUUUCUCUUUCACUCAGUGGUUAUUACACACACUCACACGAUACUGUACUUCCUGUGGGUCUGCCAGUCUUGCACUAUGGACAUGCCAUGGGCAUUAUGUGCCAGUCACCUCCCUGCCAGCCUGUAUGUACUUCAGUACAGGGUCUCCCCCUCAUCCCACAAAUGUUUGUCAUGUGCAAAUCCCCCCCAACUGUGGCCGUACGUUUGAUGCCUUACACUUUGGAAGCUGUGAAUGUGUGAAGUUUAGACUGUAACCUAUAGUACAAAACUGUUUAUUUAUCUUCCUCAAUCUCACUUUGGUGUUCUUCAGGGUCCAUGUUAGUCUCAUUGAUGCUACUUUAAGGGUCCAAACACGGGAUGUCUUGUUAAUGUUGGUGCAUCGGUCAAGGUAGAUUCACCUGGUUUCUAUCCUACCACAUGUCAAGUACCCUGCUCCUAAAUAUAGUGUACAAAUCCACUGGUUUCUGCUGUAGAAAAGGAACGUGGGGUUUUUUGUAUUGAAAGUGGUGCCUUGUGGUGUUUCUGAAGUGAUUUUACGUUUGAGUCAUCCACCUAUUUUCUGACUUGAGGUACUGUAAUGCCAACAGCACUCAAUGUAAAGGGGUUGUACRUUAUGUGUGCCCUGCCAGGAAUUGGGCUCUUAUUCCUGACCCAUUAAUCCCGUAAGUGUAGAGUGUUGACAAUGCACUUUGAAUUAGUAUUUUCUAUAAUGCUUUUGAGUCUAAAUUCAAUCAAAUUGAUUUAUAAAGCCCUUCUUACGUCAGCUGAUGUCACAAAGUGCUGUACAGAAACCCAGCCUAAA